AUGACCACCGAGGCAACUACCAGAGCACCUACAUUUAUCCAGCUGACAACCAGCAAUGGACCAUUGGCCCAAAUUUGGCUAGCAUCUAACAUGUCACAUUCAUUGUCAAGAACUAUAUCGCAGCAAACUGACAUUAUUAAGUCUGUGGAAGAGAUUGCCAAAGUUGCUGGCUGUUCUCUCAGCAGUGAAAAUAUCGAGCCUAUCACCUUGCGUGCCUCUGGUGAACUAUUACAUGGAGUUGUUCGCGUAUAUUCAAGAAAGACAUCACUCUUAUUGAAUGAUAUUAAGGACACUCUAAGCAGAAUGACGUCGCUAUUCAAGUCUGCUCCUGUGAACUUGAUCGUUCAAAUGGAACGCACGACACUUGCGAAUCCCAGUCAUUAUCUAUUGCAAGAUGCUGUAACUGAGAGAGAAGUUCUUCAAGUACCUGGUCUUGAGUUUCUCGGCGAGCGGACCACCUCGAAAGACCUCAUGGAAAAUGAGAGGUCUAUGGAGAGACAUGUUCAGGGGGCAGCUCAGUGGGAUUCUUCUAUUGAGUUAGGAAGAAAUAUCAGGCCAACAGAUGAAUUAGGUUUCAACCAGUCCUCCAUUUUGGACCUCGACUUUGAUAUAGACGACACAGCGACGAAAGCCGUUGGCGAAGGGACAAACACAAGCAUUAGCAAGUCUGCGCAAACAACAGGAAGUGCUUUGAUUCAAGAAGAUGAUUUCUCUGGCGAUGAACAUCUGGACUGGGAUCUCGGCUUUAGAGAUGAAUCGGCUAACCUCGUUGAUGAGCCAGGCUCUGACAAAUCUGUCGAAGUUGGUAGACGAGCAAGUCUCCAAGAACCUCACGAGGAGCACACAGAAUUUGAUUUCGAUCUGGGCUUGGACAAAGUUGAUGAUGAACGGCCGUCACAAGAGGGAGAGGACAAUCAAGCUUUGGGUGUCCCAGUCACUUCGCCACCACCUAGCAACCAUCCUGUUCUACCGUCACGCUUGAGACCUAUUACGACCGAUGAGGACACGGAACUGAGAGACGAAAUUGUAAAGGUUACCCAGUUGAGAUCCGAUCUUCCUGAUGCAGAAAUCCAGAGCGGAAUACCACAUAUAUCAAGGAAACCUGAGAAAAGAGUGUGGACUCAAAUUGUUAAUAAAUUUGAUUUCAUUCCUGAUCAUAUUCUAAAAAAUCUGCUGCCAUAUCAGAAUGCUAAAAGGCCUCGUGUUUCUAACGACGUGCCUGAAAUCGAGGCUGAUCCUCAGUUCAGCUCUUCACUUGAAAUUGGCGAAGACCUCAUCACUGAUUUUGAAAAUAAUACAGGCCAUCCUGAUGAUGGAGGACUGCUGAGUACUUGGGACGAUGGACAAGAUCAGGAUAUGGAAAUAGAGGACAACUUGGAGGUAGACAAUGGUGUGGCACAGAGUAUAAGUGCUGCCAACUCUAGUUCGUUGGAAUCUCAUGCUGGCAGCGAUACAGCGGGGAAUGACCUGCCUCAAGGGGUCGACACAAUGGCAGGGCAACUUAGAGCUCAAUUUACUGGCCAUCAAGAAAUAUCUUUUUUCAGGUAUUUGGAAAAUAGAGCCGAGGCUCCUCCAACAAGGAAAGAAGCAAGUAAAGCUUUUCUCGAAAUUCUGACUCUUGCAACCAUGGAUUGUGUACACACAUCUCAACAGAGAGACUUUGAGGAUAUCAUGAUCACAGCUAAAGCGUCGUUGUAUAGCAACUUUAUUGACAUUUAA